GUCGGCGAGGUCCCGAGGCCGCAACGAGCUGGGCCGCCAUUGGCCAGGCCGUGCCGUGCGUGGACGUUGUGAUUGGCGGAGGCGCUGAGCUUCGGUAAGCAUCUCCCCGCGCGAUUGGCCGGCGCUGUGCAGAGCCGUGAAACCCCGAGCCGGGCGCGCCCGGGAACAUGGCGGCGGCGGGCCUCGCUGAGAUCCCCGAUGUGGACAUCGACCCCGAGGGCGUCUUCAAGUACGUGCUGAUUCGAGUCCACUCGAGGCCGGCCUCCGGGGCUGAGGCCGAGGAGCGCAAGGAGAUCGUGCGCGGCUACAAGUGGGCCGAGUACCACGCCGACAUUUACGACAAAGUGUCCGGCGAGCUGCAGAAGGAGGGGUACGACUGUGAGUGUCUGGGCGGCGGUCGCAUCUCCCACCAGAGUCAGGACAAGAAGAUCCAUGUGUACGGCUACUCCAUGGGCUAUGGUCGUGCCCAGCACUCGGUCUCCACGGAGAAGAUCAAGGCCAAGUAUCCUGACUACGAGGUCACAUGGGCGGACGACGGCUACUGAGGCCCUGUCAGCGGCCCAGUCGGGACUCUGCUCUCUCUGAGGCCCCUCCGGAGGGGCUGGCCCUGCUCCUUCCUUCGCCUGCCGGCGACACGCCACCCUGCCACGCCUCAGACCCGCCUGGCCCACAGGAAUUAAAAGCGUUGGUGUGCCA